UCCUGCUUCCAUCAUCAUUUACCCAUACAUACACACUAUUAAUCUAGUGACGGUACCAUUAAUAUUCUCUCUCAUCCUCACAACCCCGACACACAUUUUUAUCAUUCUUUCUCAACUUCAGAUCCAACUGAGUCUUUAUAUCUUUCAACAAAGCCAAACUCAGUCAUAGAAUUCAGUACAUAUGGUUCCACUUACUACUCAACAAAAUUGCAGCUUUUCUAAGGUACUUUUAGUACUAUGUUUUCUUUUAGUCUUAUUAGCUUCUUCAUUCAUUUCUACUCAGAGUCAUCAAAUUAAGAAGAACAAUGCUUCAUCAACAAGAAUAACAAGAAGAAUUUUGGAGCUAGACAUUAUUGAUUAUGAUGACGAUGAUGAUUCUCCUCAACCAAUCAAGAAGAAAAAAUCCAUUUCAAACAUUAAUGAUUCUUCUCAACCAAUCAAGAAGAAAAAAUCCAUUUCAAACAUUAAUGAUUCUAAGAAGAAAUCCAAAUUAACUUCAUUUUCCAGUUCCAAGAACCAAACCAAACUCAUCAAAUCCACCACUAGCUCUUCCAAGAACCAAACCAAAUUAACCAAGAUUUCUUCUUUUUCUUCUUCUUCAAUCAAGAACCAAACCAAGCUUGCAAAAACUAAACUUUCUUUAUCUGAUUCAUUUUUUGGUUCAACCAAGAACAAAACAAAGCUCAUCAAGCCCACCCCAGAAGAGAAACUUUCACUAAAAUCCCAAUUGAAAAAACUCAAUUCCACUUCCACCAAGUCCUCAAAUUCAACCAAAAAAACAUCCUCAGAUCUAUCGAAAAUAACCUCUUCUUUACCAAAGAACAAAACAACCAAAGUCACCAACACAAACAACCUCAAUGAAUCCAAAUCCAAAUCCAAGAACACAACAAAAAACCAAUCUUCCACAAACAAAAAUACCAAGAAAGAAACUACACAUAAGGAUGCACAGCCUUAUUGGCUAGAAAACGAUGAAGAUGACUUAAUGUCUGGUUUUAUAGAUUUACCAUCCAAAUUUCAAGAAACCCUUUUACCAGAUUUAGAAAAAAUCUCAAAAACAUCAAAAGUUUACCUCAACAAAGCCAAUAAAGAGUUCACCAAGAACUUCAAACCAAUAGUAGGCAACAAAUAUGCACCCACAAUUGCCUCUAUACUUUCAUUUGUAUUCAUUAUAAUCCCUCUAAUUCUUGUUUCUCUCAUUUUCAAUAAAAUCAAAGCUUAUUUUUCACUCCAAAGACUAUUAAUAUUCAUCCAAGUUUAUCUCUCAAUAUAUUUCUCAAUCCUAUGUCUUUCCUCUUUAGUCACUGGUUUAGAACCACUUAAGUUUUUCUAUGCUACUUCACAGUCCACUUACAUUUGCCUACAACUCAUGCAAACACUUGGUUAUGUGUUGUACCUUUUGAUGUUAUUAAUGUACCUUGUUUUAGUAUUCUCAACUGAGACUGGGCAUGCUACAAAGAUGAUUGGGCUGGCCCAAACAUUUGUGGGCUUUGCUGUUGGGUUGCAUUAUUACAUGACAGUGUUUCAUAAGGCUGUAUUACGUAUGCCACCUAGGACAAGUUGGAGAAUUCAUGCAAUUUAUGCCACGUGUUUUCUUUUGAUUUGUUUGUUGAGUAGAGCUGAAAGAAUGAAGAAAACCUAUUUAGAAGAAGGGGGUGAAGAAGGUAAAAAGAGCUAAAUUAAAAGUGUCUUUUUUUUCUUUUUUUUUUUUCUUCCUUUUGAUUAUUUUUCUUUUUUAAAAUUACUUAAUGAGCUAUUGUUUUUAGUUAGAAAGCGAGAAAAGAGAAGAACAGGAAAACAUUAUUUCUUCUUUAUUGCAAGUUGUAAUUUAUGAAGGCUUUACUUUGAAUAAAUGAUGCAAUUGCAGUAA